AUGACUUCUGAUAGAAAGAUCGCAUUUAAUGCAAGAUUUGCGGCAUUAGAAAGUAGACUUCAAGAGAUUUCCGACGAUAUUUAUAUGUCAAAUUCCGACAACCGAGCAAGAAAUGGCGGCUAUUUAAAGUUCGUCAGUCGGAAGCAAAGCGACGAGUCGUCGCCUGAAAGCCACGACUCGUCUCCAACUGCUAAUAUCCGUGGUAACCCAACAGAAGCCCAAAUAAAUGAGAUUCUAGCAAAGGAAAAGUUAAAUGGGCCGUUUGGUUACGAUAGGUUUGUAAGUUUGGUCAGAAAGUACUUACGGGCCCGGCCCAAAGCCCAUGAGCUACGUAAAGCCUUUAAAGUAAUGGAUAAUGAUGAUGAUGGGUAUGUUAAUGUUGAAAAUGUUAAGCAUAUUUUGACAACCAUGGGUGAGAGUUUGGAUCCACAAGAAUUUGAUGAAUGGAUCCAAAGUUUAGGUGUUGAAAAUGAUGGGAAAGUUACUUAUGAUGAAAUUAUUGCUCCUAUGGUGGAUGCACAAACUUGA